AUGCAGCUGGACCCCGAAAACACUGGAUUCAUCGGGGUGGAGACAUUCGCCAGCCUCGUGCACAGCCAUGAGCUGCCCCUGGACCCUGCCAAGCUGGACAUGCUGGUGGCCCUGGCACAGGGCAACGACGAGGGGCAGGUCUGCUAUCAGGAGCUGGUAGACCUGAUCAGCAGCAAGCGCUCAAGCAGCUUCAAACGUGCCAUUGCCAACGGGCAGCGAGCCCUGCCCCGCGAUGUGCUGCUCGAUGAGACCGGCCUGGGCUUCUACAAGCGCUUCGUCCGCUAUGUGGCCUACGAGAUCCUGCCCUGCGAGAUGGACCGGCGCUGGUACUUCUACCAGCACCGCACGUGUCCUCCCCCCGUCUUCAUGGCAGCCGUCACCCUCACCCAGAUCAUCGUGUUCCUCUGCUACGGGGCCCGGCUGAACAAGUGGGUGCUGCAGACCUACCACCCCGAGUACAUGAAGAGCCCCCUCGUCUACCACCCCGGGCACCGGGCACGCGCCUGGCGCUUCCUCACCUACAUGUUCAUGCACGUGGGGCUGGAGCAGUUGGGGUUCAACGCUCUCCUGCAGCUGAUGAUUGGGGUGCCCCUGGAGAUGGUGCACGGCAUCCUGCGCAUCAGUUUCCUCUACCUGGCCGGCGUCCUGGCAGGCUCCCUCACCGUCUCCAUCACGGACAUGCGGGCCCCCCUGGUCGGGGGAUCAGGGGGUGUCUACGCUCUCUGCUCGGCCCACCUUGCCAACGUCGUCAUGACCACCCUCUCCGGGCCUGGACACGCCCCUGGGCAUGGAUCCCCUCGCUGGGCUUGA